AUGGCUAGUGUUCCUCCUCUAACUUAUGAUCAAGCAUCGAGCCAUUUUCCACCAAAUACUACAUUAUCAAUGAUAUUUGAAGAUCUAAUGGUCCAUCAGUGGAAUUUUGUACAUUCAUACGAGCUAUAUUGGGAAGCAUGUGCACCAACCUCUUGUAGUUAUACUGUUACAGCACAUAAAAAUAAUUUCGCUGGGAUAUUACUUAUAAUGAUAUCUAUGAUUGGUGGUCUUUCGGCUGCACUAACAAUAAUUACACCUUUACUUAUCAACUUUUUUCAUGGUUUAUUUACACGAAAGCCUAAAAGACAACAACAACAACAACAACAAGUUCGUCCGAAACUGUUCGAUCGAAUAAAAGGAAUAUUACCAAAAAUACGUACACUUAUAUACACUAAAUUAAUCGAUCUGAAUAUGUUUUCUUUAUGGACUUUUGGAAGUGAUACCAAUCGAAUGAUAGCAAAACGUCUUGGUCAAAUGGCAACACGUCUUUACCUUCUUCUGCUCAUUAUUAGUUUCACUAUCAUUGCUUUGUAUACUAUCAUUCAACCUCAACUUCUAACGAAGUCAUUUGACAAUCCAUCUUUCAAUCUUUAUAAUAAUCUUGUGCAAAAGCACGGAACUACACUUCAGUGUCAAUGUUCAUCAAUUUCAUCAACAUAUGAUCAUUAUGUGCAAAUUACACCUGUAUUUCAUCAAGUCUGUUCAAGUACAUUUGUUUCGGAUGAAUGGCGUGAGAAUCUUUUAGCUGGUCUUGUUCCUGAUUUAUCUAUCUAUAAUACAAAAGAUUAUCGUCGUUUCCUUCUAGCUCAUUUACAAUUUCUUAAUGGUCUAUGUCAAAUUUCUAUUCAAACGAUGACCAAUUCUGUUGAUCAAUUUCUUUCUUCUACGUUGAGCACUACUCAACUUAUAUCGGAAGCAUUGUUCCGUCUCCAAAUCGGUUCGUUGAUCGAACAGAGUCUAUUGGAUGCCCCCACUAUAUUCAAUCGUAUUCUUUUCUUACUUCGUACCAUAAACCAUGGAAAUGCGAUUGUAUCAGUUUAUGGAACCAAUUUUGAAUAUAUAGUUCCUUUAAUUGAUCCAUACGAGAGCUAUGCGGUUCUUCAAGCCGUGAUUUACGACAAUGAAUGUUCUUGUGGAUUAAAUGCAACCUGUACAACUCAAGCAAAUUUUAUAUCUAGUAAUUCAUCUGAAAUCAUUCCAGUUAAAGGCUUAAAAAUGGGCUGUACACCAAGUGAAUCGCUUCUUGCUUCAACUCUUGAAUGUUUUUAUGACUCUUCAUGUAUUAAACUUAUUCAAGAACAGACAAACUAUAAUAAUUCGAUUAAUACUACUAUUCUUCUUUCUCAAAAUAGUAGUCAUUUCUUAAUUAAUACAACCGUUAGAGAUCUUGUUAAUGUUCUUUUCGUCGAAGAUUGGUCUACACAAAUCAAUUACUCAUCGUACUUUGAACAAUGUUCACCUUCGGUGUGUUCAUAUACUUAUAUCCAACAGUUUAACUUACUUUACACAAUAACCUUUCUAAUUAGUAUUUAUGGUGGUCUUACAAUUGCUCUCAAGUGGAUCUGUCCUUGGACAGUUCGCCUUAUAGCUAACAUAAAUCAGUAUCGAAAGAAGAAAUCCAGCACAGUUCAACCUGUAAAUACUAUCAACACAGUAUCUUGCCAUGAAAACGUUCAAAGAACUUCAAUGAACGAAACAAACAUUCCACAUAUGAUUGUAACAACCACUAGUGGCAAAAGCACAACGAGUUCAGUAACAACAUUACCUACUUCAACAGUAUCAACUUGCCAAUUGAUGUUUGAUGAACCAACUUCUCUAAGCACAACAGGUGGCUCCGAUCUCAACUUAUACGCAUUCACUGUCAAUGAUUUUAAUGGCGAUGGUUUAUUAGAUUUUGCGACAUCAUAUGAUAACAACUAUGACAACAUAUCUGUGUAUGUGUUUCUUGGGAAUGGAGACGGAACCUUUAGAGAAAGAAUAAGAUCUCCAACAGGCAUAGGCAUGGAAAAUUAUGAUUUUCUGGGAUUUCUUGCUGCCGCUGAUUUUAAUAAUGAUGGUCAUCAGGAUCUCGCAGCUAUGAAUGAUGAAAGCGGCAGCGUAGGUAUCCUAGUUGGAGAUGGUAAUGGAAGUUUUGAAACAAUGCAAUUAUUGACAAGCCAUAAUAUAUCGGGGACAGGACCACUUGUAGGAAACUAUUGGUUGACAGUAGGCGAUUUCAACGUGGAUGGUCAUAUAGAUAUCGGUUUCAUCGACCUUACCAGUUGUAAUAUAGGUUUAUUUCUAGGCUAUGGAAAUGGGGUUUUUACGACCCAAAUAACAUUGUCUACCAGAAAUGAUCUGUGUAAUUCAUCGUUUGUUAUCGCUGAUUUCAAUGGUGACGGUAAACAGGACAUAGCUGUCACUAUACCUACUGAAUUUUGCGUAGAUGUGAUGUUUGGGUAUAAUAAUGGAAGUUUUGAAGCGUCAUUGAUCUUAUCAACAGGAAUUUACAGUUAUCCAUCUUCAAUCGUUGCAAAUGACUUUAACCGUGACAGAUAUCUUGACAUUGUCGUUGCGAACACAGGCAAUCACAACAUUGGUGUGUUUCUUGGAAACGGUGAUAGGAGUUUUCAAGCACAAAUGAUAUUUACAACAACAGCUAGUUAUCCACCAGUCUCAAUCACCGCCGCUGAUUUCAACGGCGAUGGUCAACUGGAUAUUACUUUCACUAUUUUACAAGCUGCGUAUAAUUUAUUUUCUACAAAGAAUUUUGUAUAUGUAUUGGUUGGAUAUGGCAACGGGAGUUUUGGAGAACCAGUUAAAAUUUCCACAUGGACUUUGACUCCAACUCAUGUUGGUGUGGGUGAUUUUAAUGGUGACGGUGGAUUUGAUUUAAUCCUUCUGGGAAAUUGGGAGAGCAAUAAUACUAUAGUAUUAAACGCAAGUCCUUGUUCUAUACGUAACUCUUCAAGUCAAUUAUAUUCAUCUACCACUAAAUUUCCAUAA